GGUCAGGUUGGACAACAUCCAGUGAAAAUGUCGCAGUAUUCUGGAAAGAUCGUGUUUUACGAGGGCAAAUGCUUCACCGGGAGGAAGCUGGAGGUGUUCGGCGACUGCGAUAACUUCCAGGACCGUGGCUUCAUGAACCGCGUCAACUCCAUCCGUGUGGAGAGCGGCGCUUGGAUCUGCUACGACCACCCUGACUUCAAGGGCCAGCAGUACAUUCUGGAGCGCGGCGAGUACCCUGAGUUCCAGCGUUGGAACUCCCACAACGAUCACAUGGGCUCCUGCAAGCCAAUCAGGAUGCAUGGUGAGCACUACAGAAUUGAGCUGUUUGAGGGCUGCAACUACUCCGGCCAGUGUGUGGAGCUGUGCGACGACUGCCCCUUCCUGCAGAGCCGUGGCUUCACCAAGACCUGCAUCAACUCCAUCAGAGUCUACGGUGACGGAGCCUGGGUGAUGUACGAAGAGCCCAACUUCCGUGGCCGCAUGUACAUUGUGGAGAGAGGCAACUACUGCAGCCACAACGAGUGGCAGGCCCAGAACCCCAACAUCCAGUCCAUCCGCAGGGUUGUCAACUAUUUCUAAGCCCCCCACAUCAUCCCCAGAUAGCGCCCCGACGACGAGGACUACAACGCCCCCGCCAUCCCUGAACCCCUCCACCAUCACCACCACAGACUGUGUCUUUGCCCCAUUGCUUUUUCUCUUCCUCAAAGAAAUGUAAAAUAAAACCAUACUAAAAACCAUGACCAAAAAAAACAGUAUUUUAAUCACGCCCUGGUGUCGCUGUGUGGAUGGAGUUGAGUUUCGAUGUAGAUGCACCUAGUGAGAAUGCGACAGAGACACCAGCAAAUUGUUUUAUACGAUGUGAUCAGUUUCUGACAAACACUCCGAUUCUAGAUUGGAGUCUUUCCCAUAUGCAUAAGACCAUAACAAAAGGAUAUUACAGAUGGAGCCGGAAUGGAGUCAGAAAAAUAACUUGGGUUUAUUUCCCAGUGUCCUCCAAGAUGUUCAAAUCACAUUGUUGAUUUGUACUUUAAGUUUAAUUUUUAUCUCAGUAUUUGAUCAUACAAUUAAGAUUAACAUCAUU